AUGUUGAGUCCAACGACCUCUCAACUUCUUCAAGCCUUCUUCGCCACCAGUUAUGUCUCUUCGAUCUAUGUUCAUCCCGAUGGCCGCCUGAAGUUCGAGAUAACACCUCGAGGGAAAAAAUCUCCUACGAGAACAAGGAAUGACCCUCUCGUGAUCCGCACCCGACUAACCGCUGUCGUGCUCGCCACCAUUGUGAGCUGUGUGGUGGUCAUUACCACAGUAUUCGCCACACUUCCCAGUGUAGAAAAGACGUUGCCGAAUGCUUUGACGCAGGCAUGGUCACUUUUGGGAUUGAAGCCCUCAUUCACUACACCCCGCAUCAUACUACCAUAUCUCCUCGUCCCAGUGCUCUACAGUGGCCCUCUAUUUACUUCCUUUCUUGCGUCAGCUCUUCCUUUCCAGCGUAAAUUCUCAUUCGAGCUUGACGUGGUCAAUACAUACUCAAGCUUACAGGGAUUACGGAACUACAUAAUAGCGCCAAUAACGGAAGAAAUUGUGUUCCGAGCCUGCAUUCUUUCUGUAUCGAGGAUGGCAGGUGCUUCUUGGCAAAGAAUGAUUUUUGUGACCCCCCUUUGGUUCGGAGUUGCUCAUGCUCACCAUGCUUGGGAAGGGUUUAACAUGUACGGAGGCACACAGCGAGCUCUCGGGAAUGCCGUUGCAACCUCAAUCAUACAGCUCUGCUAUACAACUCUGUUCGGGUGGUAUACCUCCUUCGUUUUCCUGCGGACAAGGUCGAUCUACGCCGUUUGUGCCGCACACAUGUUCUGCAACUUUGUGGGUCUUCCAACAAUUAGCGGAGAUUUGAAAGAUUUCCCUCGGCAUAAGCUAAUGAUUUGGUGUUCUCAUAUUGGAGGGAUUGUAGGGUUUUUCCUGCUCUUAGGUCCAUGGACCGCUGGGUUGUAGACCGCUCCAUGUAUUGUAGUGAUGAUUUAUGUUAUUGUUGGAUGUUCUCAACUUC